AGGUGACCGCACGGAGUGCAGCGUCGUCUGUGGAGAUCCUGCUGGAAGCAGAGGCGCUGAGUUGCCGACCCGGCUGGCCAGGUCUGUUGGGGCUGCGCGGCGGCGGCGGCGGCGGCGGCCAUGGGGGGCUUGAAAGACGAACUGCUCAAAGCCAUCUGGCACGCCUUCACCGCGCUCGACUUGGACCGCAGCGGCAAGGUCUCCAAGUCGCAACUCAAGGUCCUUUCCCAUAACCUGUGCACCGUGCUGAAGGUUCCACACGACCCUGUUGCCCUUGAGGAACACUUUAGGGAUGACGAUGAGGGGCCUGUCUCCAAUCAGGGCUACAUGCCAUAUUUAAACAAGUUCAUUUUGGAAAAGGUCCAAGACAACUUUGACAAGAUUGAAUUCAAUAGAAUGUGUUGGACCCUCUGUGUCAAGAAAAACCUCACAAAGAAUCCACUACUCAUUACAGAAGAUGAUGCAUUUAAAGUGUGGGUCAUUUUCAACUUUUUGUCAGAGGACAAGUAUCCAUUAAUUAUUGUGCCAGAAGAGAUUGAAUACCUGCUUAAGAAACUUACAGAAGCUAUGGGAGGAGGUUGGCAACAAGAACAAUUUGAACAUUACAAAAUAAACUUUGAUGACAAUAAAGACGGCCUUUCUGCCUGGGAGCUUAUUGAGCUAAUUGGGAAUGGACAGUUUAGCAAGGGCAUGGAUCGGCAGACAGUGUCUAUGGCCAUUAAUGAGGUCUUCAAUGAGCUUAUUUUAGAUGUGUUGAAACAGGGCUACAUGAUGAAGAAAGGCCACAAACGGAAAAACUGGACCGAGCGCUGGUUUGUAUUAAAACCCAACAUAAUUUCCUACUAUGUGAGCGAGGAUCUGAAAGAUAAGAAAGGAGACAUCCUGUUGGAUGAAAACUGCUGUGUGGAGUCUCUGCCUGACAAAGAUGGAAAGAAAUGUCUUUUUCUAAUAAAAUGCUUUGAUAAGACCUUUGAAAUCAGCGCCUCGGAUAAGAAGAAGAAACAAGAAUGGAUUCAGGCCAUCCAUUCCACCAUCCAUCUGUUGAAGCUGGGCAGCCCCCCACCACACAAGGAAGCCCGCCAGCGUCGGAAGGAGCUCCGAAGGAAGCUGCUGGCAGAGCAGGAGGAGCUGGAGCGGCAGAUGAAGGAACUCCAAGCCGCCAAUGAAAACAAGCAGCAGGAGCUGGAGAGCGUGAGGAAGAAACUGGAGGAAGCAGCGUCUCGUGCCGCAGAUGAGGAAAAGAAACGCCUGCAGACUCAGGUAGAACUGCAGACCAGGUUCAGCACAGAGCUGGAGAGGGAGAAGCUGAUCAGACAGCAGAUGGAGGAGCAGGUUGCCCAGAAGUCCUCUGAGCUGGAGCAGUAUCUGCAGCGAGUCCGGGAGCUGGAAGACAUGUACCUAAAGCUGCAGGAGGCCCUUGAGGACGAGAGGCAGGCCCGGCAGGAUGAAGAGACCGUGCGCAAGCUUCAGGCCAGAUUGCUGGAAGAAGAAUCUUCUAAGAGAGCUGAGCUGGAAAAGUGGCACCUGGCACAGCAGCAGGCCAUUCAGACCACAGAGGCGGAGAAACAGGAGCUGGAGCAGCAGCGUGUCCUGAAGGAACAGGCUCUGCAGGAGGCUAUGGCACAGCUGGAACAGCUGGAGUUGGAGCGGAAGCAGGCCCUGGAGCAGUAUGAGGGAGUUAAAAAGAAGCUAGAGAUGGCAACAAAUAUGACCAAGAGCUGGAAGGACAAAGUGGCCCAUCAUGAAGGAUUAAUACGAUUGAUAGAACCAGGUUCCAAGAACCCUCACCUGAUCACCAACUGGGGACCUGCAGCGUUCACACAGGCAGAGCUUGAGGAGAGAGAGAAGAGCUGGAAAGAGAAGAAGACCACAGAGUGACAGCUGUCCAAGCGGCCACCCAGUCAGUCACAUCAGUGAGGAGUUAAGAGCUUCAUACCUGGGACAAGGACACUGGCUUUGCUGCUUCUACUCUUCCCUCAGGGCUCCAGCAGGGUCCAUGUGCUGAGGACGCCAUAUUUACCUUCUAGCCACGUCUCAGCUCUCCUUGGCGAGAACAUAGGCAUGGGUGAGGCUGGGGCCACCUUCACUGUCGCCUUCUGCAGCCCUUGCAGACCCUGGUCUCAGCCCCUCCUUGGAUGGGAGGUCAGCUGUCUCUUCAGGCAGCACAUUCCCUCUGCUGAUUGGCUGGUCUGCUUGCCUUUUCGUGUCAGGUGCAUGACAGGCCUUCGUUGUUGGUGCUCUGAUGGACAAGUCACCAGUCUCUGCCCUUGUGGAUGGGAUCUGGUGGGUGACACUGCCCAGCCUCUGCUAAGAUGCUUCCCUCCCUGAGUGUCACACACUUGGCAUGCUUCAUCUGCAUUUUCUUUCCCCUCACCUCAAAGCGUAACAUAUCCUGGCCCAGUGUCUCAACUUAGUUCUUUGGGUGUUCUGUCCCCGGCUGCUAGUCUGUUGAAAUCAGUGGUGGUUGGAUAGUUUGGGAGGCUAUGUGGGCACAGUGGAAGCUGACAGUAUAUAGGCUGGUUAGAUGUGACGUUCACAGGAUGAUGGCAAGCCUUGUGGCUUUCACUAGGACGAUGUCUCUCUCCUUUUCCCUCCCCCAAGGAUGAUGGCACAGGUCACGGUUUCUAUGCCUCUUGUUUGGGGAAUGUUUUCAGCGCUAAUCUGGUCUGAGACUGAGAGUAGCGUUUAGGAAAGUGAGCCUUACCACACUAGUUGGAAUCUGUAACCAGCAGUAACUCCAUAAACAGCCAAGAUGCUUUACAUUUAUAGACAGGAAGGUGAUCCGUGCGUUCCAGAAAAGGCGGGCUUCAGUAGCAGAGCAGGGAACCCCAAGUGUCCUGGUCCAGCCUUGCCUCAGAGCAGAAAGGAGGUCGUUCUAACAUGUGCAGGUCUAGAGAUAGGUCCCAGUGUUCCUGCAUCUACGUAAGGACUGGAUGGAGUUCCUCUUAUGACUGGAAAACAUUUGCCAAU